UCACGGCGGGCACUUCGCGAGGAAGGCUCGCGUGCUCCGGCCGCGUCCUGACGCCCGCGGCGUCGCGAUGCCGGCCCCGCGGUCGCUCUUGCAAUCGCCGCGUUAACCUGUACCCAUGCAGUGGCGAAAACUUACCAGGUUGAAGUCUUCGCCGGGCGGACAGUCGCGCGCUCGGAGGAUGCUCUGCUGCGGCCGCAGGAAGGAGAACGGCCGCGCGGCGCCGGACUUGACGGCGUCGCCGGGACGCGCGCCGCCCGGUCCGCCGCAACCGGCCCGUGCCAACCAUGCGCCGCCCUGUGUGCUGCAGCCAGACUUCAGAAAGGUAUCCGGAGUUAGCAAUGAAAUAUUCAGGCAGAUUGAAAUGGUUGAAAACGAUCACGAUUCUACCACCGCCGCGGCGCUCGAGGCGGUGGAGCGCCGUGGCGAGAUGAUCGUGAGAAUUCUCGAAUUGAGACAAGUUGGUCGAAACAAUAUUGAAGCCGCCAAGAAAUUCUUCGCAUUACAGGACACGCGUCAUGUAGUUCAACUUGUGGAGAUUGUGAAACGUCCAGGUCAAACCCUUGGACUUUACAUCAGAGAAGGAGACGGUGGAACCAGAACUGAUGGGGUGUUCAUUUCACGAAUAGCCUUGGAGUCAGCAGUGUACAACAGUGGUUGUUUGAAGGUCGGAGACGAGAUACUUGCGGUGAACCUAGUUGAUGUGAGACGAAUGUCAUUGGAUGAUGUCGUUAUUAUUAUGUCGAUACCUAGAAGAUUGUUGCUGUGCACAAGACAGAGAAAAGGGAAAUCUGGCCCGGGUUCGCCGUCACUACCACGGUCGGAGCACAAGCCGCCGCCCGUCGUUGUUCUCAAGCGGGACUGUCGUGACGAUGAAGACAGGGAAAGGGAAAGAGAUCGAGAUCGCGUUGACGGACUUUAUUCGCAACAUGGCACACUCCGGUCUACAGGCGGGCAUGGUAAUGCAGUGCGUCCAGUUGGUGAUGGUAGGGAAGAGAGGAGUCGCCUCCAGCUCGGUGCACUGUCCCCAGAUUCUGCAGCACUUGACCUGUAUUAUAAUCCUAGACCACCGUCUGAUCAUUCUACUUGGAGUUACCGCCCGCCACCACCAGUAAUAACAGAACAACCUAAAUCAUCAGCCACACAUUUUGUACCAUACGAACGUUCGUAUCCUAAUACGCUUGAUAGUCUCGCAGAAAAAGUUCACUCGUACUAUCCACCGGAAAGUGGAAGUACGCGCUUUGGUGGCAGAGUUCCGAGGUCUGGGUCAGAGCAGCAGUUGCCGCGUGCGGAAACGCACUCAGAUUUUGGACGGCAUUCGUUGCUAAGAUCAAGCUUAAAGGCGUCGACAGCCACUGGUGGUGCAUCAAGCCUCUCAAGAUAUAACCAUCGUUAUGGUGGCGUUGGCAUGCCAGGAUCUGGAAUAACAAGCAGUGGUCUGGCAAACACUGGAUUAACGUCUACUGGAUUAGGAGGUCCAGGAUUACCAUCUGGCUUAUCUAGUACGGGCCUCAGUGCUCUUACUGGAUCUAGUCUCGUGGGACCUGGACUAACUAGCUCGGGAUUAGGGACCGGCUUGUCUGGUACUGGCUUAGGAUCUACAUUGGGUGGAGGUUACGGGACGACUGGAUUAGGACUUCCAUCAUAUAGUAGUAAAUUUGGUACAGCGAGGAGAAAUCGAAGCUUAGAUUAUUCAUCCGAUACAGAGGCUACGGCACCAACUCGACCUCCAUAUUAUUCUGGUUUAAGUGGAUACAGAAGUAGCACAUUAGGAAGGGACAUUACUUCAAAGUUUAAUUCACUGCCCAGGGAUGUGCGAAACACCGGACAAAGGUUGGGGUUGACAAGACGUACCGGAAGUGUCCUUCAAGAUGAACCAGAACCCCUAUCUUCACGACUCGAUCUUCGCUCUUCAAGAGGUCGUCUACCUUCUUCGCCGUCAGUGUUCACGUCGGACGAAUACAGAGCUUGGCUUUCUCGAGCCCCUUCUACUAGUGCACUUUACGAAACUCUGCGUCCACGUCUACCCACUCACUACUCAGCAGAAAAUAUACAUGAUGCGCUCAAAAAUAUGGAAAACGCUAGUCGUUUCGGAUCAUCAUUAGGCUUGGCAGGGCGUCGCAUUGAGCGUCCCAGGCACUUGCCAGCGCGGUCGGUAUCCUCGCAGCAGCUGGGAGCAACGCAACAGUUAGGCGGUGGGCCGGGAGGUUCACCUUCCACUCGACGAGUCCGUCAGCUACUGGAACUAGGCUCGCGGUUCACGUGUCCGAAUCCCAGUCCGGUACCGACACCUGGUUCAAGGCACCAGAGACCGCUCGAUAUCAAUCCUAGUGACUUCCUUAAAUACAAAGUGGAUAAGAUGACUGGUGGUGGUUUGUCGGCAUCAAUGACUGGCCUGUCGCGACUGUCCGGUGGUGUGUCAGGCAUGCUGUGGAUACACCUCUUGUCUGGGAGGGGAUUGCGCCCUGCGGGAGCAUCAGGCUCAUCCCCGGGAUCACCGCCUUCUGGGCCUAUCAUGUCGGUUCAUCCCCCAGUUGCAACACGUGACUUGUACUGCGUUCUCGAAUGUGAUCGAGUACACAAAGCUCGUACAGUGAUUCGUAACAGCGAGCUGGACUUCGAUUGGGAUGAGGCCUUCGACUUAGAGUUAGUUGAUAACAGACAGUUGGAUGUACUGGUGUACUCAUGGGAUCCCCAACACAGGCACAAGUUGUGUUAUAGAGGUGUCAUAACGCUACCUGACUUAGUUGCUCGAUCUGCAAUGCACCAACUUGCAAUCAAGUUGGAGCCACGCGGUACAUUGUACGUGAGGAUACGGCACACGGAGCCUCAUGAGCUGUUCCGACGGCGCCCGACUCAAGGUCGCGUGUCUCCUCCUCCGCUGUUCGGUUCGGAGCUGGAGGCGGUAGUGGCGCGGGAGAUCCGCCCUCCUAACGCGCCGCCCGUACCUCUCAUCGUCCGACGAUGCGUUGAGGAAAUCGAGAGACGAGGACUUGAUAUCAUAGGUCUUUAUCGUUUGUGUGGAGCGGCAAGUAAGAAGCGUGUGCUUCGGGAAGGGUUUGAACGGAACGCCCGUACCGUGGAACUCACGCCUGAGGCUGUUCCGGAUAUAAAUGUCAUAACGGGCGUCCUGAAAGAUUACCUUCGCGAAUUGCCUCAACCCCUGUUCAGUCGAUGCCUUUUCCAAAUGACAUUAGACGCUUUAGGAGUAUGUCUCCCCGACGACAGGGAAGGAAACGCUCGUCUAAUGGCCUCCAUAGUGGAAUGCUUGCCGAGGGCCGCGAGAGCCACUUUGGUAUUCCUAUUAGACCACCUGGCCCUAGUGGUAGCUGCACAAGACCGCAACAAGAUGUCGCCGCAGCAUCUCGCCGUAGCUCUGGCUCCACCUUUAAUGCUACAUUCGUCGCCUCCUGGCGAAUUGGACUAUCAAAGACCCAUCCAUGUACUCCAAUGUCUAUUACAGAUUUGGCCUCCACCUAAGCGUUCAGACAGUUCGGCGCGGCGAGCCAGUAAUCGGGCCGCGUGGAAACAGAGUCAGUGCGUCGCCAGCGGGCUCACACACGCUCCACCCAGGCCGAGCUCAGUCCUCAGUCAGUCCAUUUCGGCCUCAAGCGGCAGCAUCAGCAGCAUCUCCGCCGCCAGCUCUAUCGGGUCGGCCCGUGCCCGACCGCUCGCCGCCCGCACAUGUUCUCUCAUCAGUCAGGGGCGGCCAAUAUCGUCCGCAGUCGCCACUCCGAGGUCCGCUGCCCGCACCGCCGCGGGCGCGCUCUGCGACAGCUUCAUCGCCCGGGUCCAGCACUAGCUCGGGCAGUCACAGUCCCGCCGACACGAUCAAGCACGGUGGCUCGGUGUCGUCUAUCUUGCGUCAGCCGGAACGUCAGUCGCCGUCGCGUGCGUCACCGCGCAGCUCUCCGCGAGCGUCGCCGCGUGCGUCACCCAGAGAGUCUCCGCGCACCGCCUCACCGCGUCUCACGGCCUCAGCUCCGUCGGCCCCCGCCAUACCCGGCACGUCAGCGGGGCUCGCCGUCACACUCAAUUCAGCGCUGAGCCCGCGGUACGAUUCUUCAACGAAUCCGUUCCUGCAGCAAUACGACGCGGAAGCGGAGGCGGAGGCGUGGCGUUCGGCGGAUAUCUUCUCGCCGCCGUCGACGCGCGCAUAAUGAGAGCACACAAAAUUUUUAUAGUCAAUUUAUUCCUUGACUCGGACCACUUGUUCCUUUCGUUUCCCACCUUCGACACAACACAACGUGUAUUAUUUUACAAUUAAUUUUAGUUUUUCCGUAAUAAGGCCGAAAAUUGAUGCGCCAUUUUUUAAAUGAAUUUAACAGAUAGUAUUAGACCUUUAUUUCUGUUAUCUAUUUAUUUGCCUUCGUUUAUUAAUUAUCUUGAGAACUCGAUUAUUAACAGUCGGGUGGGCUUCGAACGGCGAGUGCGCCGCGUGCGACGAAUUAAACCGCGCCCGUACAUUACCGUUGUUUGUUCGAACGUGGUGACGUAUUUGUUAUAAUAUAGAGCGAGUUGCGAUGUAUAUUACGGUGAGAAUGUUAAUGCUGACGCGUGAGGCUCGGCCUAGCCGCCCGUUGCUGUAUCGUCGUGUAGCCUCUAUAGUAAUUACCGUAUCGUAUUGUACAUUGUAUAUAAGAAACGUAUAUAUAGGUACGCUCCAAUUUUGUACCGUUCGGUCGAUACCGGGGCGGGCGGUUCGCGGCACUACACACAUCAUCCCACAUAUCAGAGACUUGUGUACACCACUGACACGAAAAUCGAUCGAAUUGACUAAAACGGUAGGUAUACUCGGGAAGCGUUCUAAGCGUGUUUAUGACGCAACUUAUCAGUGAAGUAGAGUAAUGUGUAUGUUCUGUCGUUGGCGAACACAAGUCAGUUAGCUCGAGUAGGGAGAGUGUAUCGUAGGUCAGACGUAUGGACUGUCUUGAGACUGAGACCAUAUCAGAGUAAAUGUAGCGCGUAGAAGCGAACGUUUCCGUCGUAGAAAGAGCGAUUACGUCACACGUCGCUAAACUAGCGACAUCUAGCUACAUUGUGACAUAAAGGUAUUUAUCGUUCAAUAUUGUUCAUGCAACCUUUACAUACCUACUCCAACUAUUAUAUUAUAUUGAUGAAUAGAAUGUGAUUAUUUUUAGUGAAGCGCUUAACGAGUCGCUGAUUCUAUGAAGGAUUGGAAUCAAUUUUGGGAUCGGUCGCAUUCUCAAGAUAAAAGGUGUUAUAUCCGAAAUUCGAAUCUAAGUUCCUUGAGACCUAUUUCAUCAUUAUAGUAUUACGCUGGUUUAGUAAAAAAUAAUGAAUUAAUCGAAUUAACUGUUUUUGCUAAAUUUUUCGGUAUAAUCAUUAUAAUUUUAUCAUACAGACGAAAUGCGUUUCAUAUUUCGUGAUUCGGAAAUAUCACCUCAGUUUCCAAAGGCGUCUGCUAGACAUAUAAGAGUGGGGAAAUCGACCAAUGAGCGCGCUGAUCCUACUUUCACUGCCAUGGUUGGUCCAUUAUGAUAGAAAACAUUAUGAUUAUACACUUGUUUAUAUGUCUGUCGGAGGCUACACGGUCAAAUUAAAAUUUUGAGCGACACUUCAAGACUUAAUUUUAUCGAAUAAUUAAUAUAUAAAAAAAUAGGUAUGCACAAAUAACUGACUGAAAUGGGACAGAAAAACCAUUUUUUUUAAUAUAUAUAUAUUUUUAAAACGUUUUUUCGUAACAUUUUGUAACUAUAAACAAAGUCUGAUCUAUGUUCGAAAUACGCUCCUGCCUGUAAUUUAGACGAACUUGAUUAGAGCAUGCUUAUUUUAGUGUUUUACUCUUCAUUUUCAUAAGAAGAUACACCUGAAAUAUCUGAAUGUGGAAUUUUCAUUUAUAUUCAUUCAAAUUGCUGGCGCUUAAUAAAAGUCGUAAUAGCAAGAUUGAAAUUAGUGACAUUAUGAGAAAAGUAUCGUGAAUCCUUUCGAGUGCUUGAAUCCAGUGUGUUUAGUGCCAGUUUUUUAACUUCUCGAUCGCGUAAGAGUUAACUCAAAUUCCUAGGCUUCCCUUCGUUUGCCGCUAGGGGCGCUGCUCCAACUCCAUACAAAUUUGAGUUAACUUUCACGCGAUCGAGGAGUUAAAAAACUCGCACUAAGCACAGAGUAUACCUAUUUAUGUCGUUUGUAUUAUUGUGAACUAACGCGACCGUCCAAUGUUUUGUUAUUAUACUCAAUGUUACUUUCUAUGAGUGAUACAUAAUUUUCUAUUAUACCCUUGAUGUUCAGAAAUUUGACUUAAAAUUUCUGAAAUCUCUAAAUAGCUAAUAUAUACUUCAUUUCUCUCACGCACACGUAUCCGCGUAGCUUUACAAAUCGAACCUUUUAUAUACUUUUACCUGUAUACAAUGUUGUAGAUUUGAGAAAUGUAUUGUUAUAAUCAUACGAAGCUAUAAUUAAAUUAUUCAUAUUAUAAUUGAAAUUGAAAAAAAAAAAUUAUAAUCAAAUAUGUAAUAGUUGUUGAUCUUAUUAGUGUUUAAGUAGUGAAAUAUAAUUUUUAUCGUAUUUUAUUUAGUGAAUGUUUGUAAUGAAAACUUUUAGAGGUUCUAGGGCAACAAAUAUGCCUGUAACAUAAUAAAUCAUAGCGGAUUUCAUUAAAUUCUAUUCAAUUAUAUUCAUCUUCAAUAAUUAAAUUAGUUGAAACGUACUCACUAAGAUACUCUUUAAAAGGUUAACUUUCUAAAAGAAUAUACUGAUUAAAUUAACUAAUGUCAUAUUAAUAUUAAUUAUUCCUAUUAAAGAAGCAAAUAAGAAUCUGUCGGUUGAUAACUAUCGUUUGGAUAUAUAACGCGUACACAAAGCCUUUUCGACAACACGACCAUUAGAAAUUCAAUAAAUUGGCUACCAAUAUUUUAUUUAUAAAUAAAUAAAAACUUCAGAGGUGUCAAGGGACACCCGGAUGGAACGAAGUUCCUUUCGAUUAAUUAGUGAAGGAAUUGUAAUUUUUUUUUUAAGUUAUAAUAAUAAAUUACGGCAUUAUGAAGAAGAAAAAAACAAUACUAUGAACUAAAUUACUAUUGUUGAAACGCUAUCUCGAGAAACUGUACUCAUUACGCGGACCAAUCGGAUACGAGCAAUGUCACGCGAUAAGCGCCUACACGUUGAUUGGUCAGAAUGACGGAUCUAAAAAGUGUCGUGACAACUUUUCGUAAGAAUUUUUUCCGUCUAGCCCCCUUUCACAACGCGCGAUAAGGAACUUCGUUCCAAUAAUAAUAAAUAAAUAUUUACUAACAAUCACGUCACGUUAACUGGUCCCGUGAUAAGUUCGUAAAGAACUUGUGUUACAGGUACCAGAUAACGGAAAUAAAUAUAAGAUUUUUACUAUACACAUACGUAUAUUUAAUAUACAUCCAUAACCCUGGAGAAGACAUUUGUAUUUAUCAUACAAAUAACUUCCCUUGGCGAGAUUCGAACCCGCGACCCCCUUGUGUAGUGACCAUGUUACUUACCACUACACCAGACGGCCGUUAUUAUCAUUUGCAUUUUGAUGAUGAUUUGAUGAUUUGCAUCAUGUGCAUUUAAUAUGGGCUAUCUAUCAAAAAAUAGUUGAUAAGUACGUUAGAGUACUACUGUCUGUGAAUCCAUCAUUUAAUGAAAUUACUACGAACUUAAGAAAUUGAAAAAAAUGUAGAUUUGUUUAUUUAUAUUUCAAAUAAUCGAAAACUUUUACAUUUCCAAACAUCAUUACUUGUAUUUGGCAUUAACGCAUCAAUUAAAAAGAGUUUUUGUUUUUGUAAUUUUAGUAAAGAGCUUAGUUUAGUUUGUACGAGUUCAUACAUUACUGUACACACCUAUCAAAUGAGACUAUAGAGUCUCAUUUUAUAUAGAUAAUGUAAAGUACUAUAUCGGUGAUAGAUUCUGCGAAGCACUACUCUUUUUUUUAUUGCUUAGAUGUGUGGACGAGCUCACAGCCCACCCGGUGUUAAGUGGUUACUGGAACCCAUAGAGAUCUACUACAUAAAUGCGCCACACACCUUGAGAUAUUAUAAGUUCUAAGGUCUCAGUAUAGUUACAACGGCUGCCCCACCUUACAAACCGAAACACAUUACUGCUUCACGGCAGAAAUAGGCGGGGCGGAGGUACCCACCCGUACGGACUCGCAAGAGGUUCUACCACGCUAGGGCUAGUAUUAGCAAAUUCUCUCAGGUUAAGCCUCUGAGCUCACCUAUUUGAACGUCGCUGGGAUACCCCCCUAUGUGAUCAACGAAUAGGUAGGAAAAAAAAUAUACUAUGUUAUGUAAAAUAAGUGCGAGCAUUUUGAUACGAUCUUCAAAGAGAUACUUUUAACAGAUGCAGUUGGCAGAUUUUUAUUUUUAUUUUCUUUCUACCUAUUCUAGUAACCUCGAGGGGUUAUUAUAGAUUCACCGAACUAGUAGAUGAGCUCACGGGGCUCAAAACGGGAGUGUUGCUAACACUGACCCUAGCAAGAGCAGUGCUUCGCAGAAUCUAUCACGGGAUCGGAAACGCGAUCCACUGAGAAGAUCCGGCGAGAAACUCUGCUGCGUCUAUGGGUUAAUUUACUCGUCGAGUCCUUUGUCGCAAGUGACGGGCUCGGCGAGGACGAUGACCGGUGCUUGACGUACCCAAAAGCAUCGUUAAUGGAUCGGGAGGAUCCGUAACGACGUGUUUAGGGCGACGUCGACUGUUUACCAUUCGGUCCACCGGAUCGGGUAUGAAAAUAAAUAAUGGUCUUGUUGUUGCAAGAGUCGGCUUUGUGUACGUAGUUUACGUGUCGCCACGUGCCUUGAAGUGUCGCUCGACAUCCUUGUAGCCGGUCGCAGGUAGCGGUCUAGUAGUGUGUAGUGACUACGGCGCACGGCUUCAGUUGGCUUUUUGUGGCUAUAAUUAUGAGAGAUUACACAAUUAUGUAAUCAAAUUACACAAUGUAAUACUGUUGAAUUUGUACAAUAAAAUUUUAUUCACACUUGUUGCUCAUCUACCAAUUAUUGUUUAUGAGUUCUAACAAACUAUAGCGAAUUGACUGUAGUAAGUAUUUAUGUAAUCCAUCGAAUUUGAGUAUUGAUAAUAUGAAAAUUUAGGUUCGAUGUUACUAAACGAAUUGUAUUCUUUGUUUAAACAUUAAAAUAAUGUCACGAUAUCUAUGAAUGACAGAUUAUUAUCUAGAAUAAAUAAAUUUUAAGUUGCUAAAA